UCGAUUCUUUAAGUCUUGUCGAUAAGAACAAUCCGUUCUAUCCCAAUUUCGUAGAUACAGAAAUUAGUGAUUAUUGUAAUUCGUCGGUGAUUGUUAACUAUUGUCAGGUGCGCUUCGAGCGAGCGUCCCUCUGUUCGCGCGUGCGCAGAAGCGAAGUUUUUUGUUGUCUCGGCAUAUACAACAAACUUCACAGUCGUCGACAUUUAACAGAUAAGUCACUAGGGAAAGUUAGCGUUGAUGAUAUAAAUCUUGGGUUUCUGAUAUUUCAAGGUUAUUACUGUCGGAUUUGAGUGGUUUGACGAGAGCGGAGGGAUUCGUGGUCCACUGAAUCUGGUUCUUUAGAGAGGUUAGCGGAGAGAUUAGUGUUCAAGUGGAGCCGAUUCUUUUAGCUUCAUUUUUUAUCUGUAUCGAGGAGUUUAUUGUCAUGACUGCACGUUCCAUCUGUGAUAUAUGAGACUCGUGUCAUAAGUGCUUGCAACUUGGUACGCAAAGGACAAGUCAUUUUUUGUAUUCGCCAAGUAGCCGAGGACCUGCGUCGUUGCGUGCUUUGCUGAUCACGAAUGGCAAACACAAUGGGUGGAGCUCAUCUGCACACACCGCAGUCAAUAUUUCAACAUAUGAUGAUCCAACAAAACAAUGCACAACAAACCAGCCCGUGGUUGCAGGUUCCCCAGGUGCCACCGUUAUCGAUGCCUUGGAGUAUCCCUGCAUUUGAACAACCUGACUUAAUAAGAUUUACCGGUGAAAGAAGUCAACCACAUUUUGGUCCCCAGUUACAUCAAAAACGGAAACUCGAUACACCUGACAUUGCAGACAUUCGACAAACGAAACAGUUCAUAACCGAGGAAAAAAUGGCGGCACACUUUCGAGACUUGCACAUCAGUCCGGAUUAUCAAAGUCAAGUCUCAAUUCCUUCGACAUCAACAGGUAGACCUUCGUACGUGUUGCCAAGCAAAACAGAGCCAUUCGGUGGUUUAGAAAUUGGUAGUACCAAUUCAUUGGGAAUGGAAGAUAACAAAGAUGUACAACCAAAACUUGUCCUCUCGGACGAGAUUAGGAAUCUCCAAACAGAACCUAUAUUACCCAUGUCGUUACUAUCCAAACUGGAGAGGCCCUCCAUGGCUUUAGUUCUAUGGGAACCACCGAGUAAGCAUUUACGUGUUCUACCUACACCGAGGGAUACCCCGACUCCCAUUCCCGAUGCCUCCGAUGACAACAACAACACCACCACCAACAACAACAGUGAAAGUAUCCCAAAUUUAAAUCAAGCAUCUUCUGUCGAACCCCAGUCUAUGAUUCUUGAGCCUAUGGAUUUAUAAUGGAUACUUGGCUCGAAGACUUUUAAAGGCUUAGGGAACCUCGUAAGAUUAUCACAAGACUACAGCAAGCAUAGAUAACUUGAGUAUUGAAUUCAAGACUCUAUCGAUCGUCAUUCUUUGUCAUGUACUCUUAUUUAUUUUCACUGCAGUGCAACCAAGCUCAUCGUGAACUCCUCGAUGGAUUGAAUUUUUCUUCGAGAUCAAUUGUUUCACUUCAGGUAUAUAUCUUAAUUUUACUAUUGUAAAAACGAUAUCCGCGCCACAAGACAUGAAAAGAACCUUUAGUAAGGGUGACUCGAACCACUUUGUCUUAGGUUUAAUUGUUUCGGAACUUCAUAUAAAACAUGUGUGUCAUAAUCCAUAAUCAUUCGGGUAGACAUAACCUCCUCGUGAAUUAUUAAUUUGCCCCAUAAAUUGGAUAAUCUCGUUGUAAUAUAUCAUUAGCAGUCUUAUCUCGUUCCUUAUGUAUUGUUCGUUAACAAGGACGCGAAAUUGUAGAGAUACAGUGUAUUUGAUGUUACGGAGAGGACGGAUUCGAUUUUUCCAUACUUAUAUUUUGCCAAACUGUCCGAUCCAGUGAACUCGAUGUAUGAUAGGGAAUUAGAAUAAUUAAUUGGCGUGCAUGUGGCGACCUUAGUUUUUUAAACAGUGCAUAGUAUUUCGUGAGUUCGUAUCGGUGUGCGGGAAGCGGUAUGUAUUAUUGACAAUGUAGCGUGUAUGAUUGCUUAAGCGACAUGUAUGUAUGGACGUUUUGCAGAAUAAUAUGGUUAUACAUUACUA